GCCGCCCCCACGCGUGCCGCCGCGGGGAGUGGCCCGACCUUCGCGUGACGCCUCGACGGGCGGGCUCUCAAUAUUAAAAGGGGGAAGAGGCCGCGGCGCGGGCCCCAGGACGGGCCCGCUCGUUCUGUCCUAGGAGCCAGCCGCGUUGGCGACGCCCUCGAGUUCGCGGCGGGCACAAUGCAGCUCCUGGUGAGGGUGCCGUCUCUUCCGGAGCGGGGCGAACUGGACUGCAACAUCUGCUACCGGCCUUUCAACCUCGGGGUCCGUGCGCCCCGCCGCCUGCCCGGCACGGCGCGGGCCCGCUGCGGCCACACGCUCUGCACCGCCUGUCUGCGCGAGCUGGCGGCGCGCGGCGAAAGCGGCGGGGCGGCCGCGCGCGUGGUGCGCCUGCGCCGCGUCGUCACGUGCCCCUUCUGUCGCGCGCCCACCCCGCUCCCGCGCGGCGGGGUCACGGAGGUCGCCCUGGACCAGGACUUGUGGUCGCGCUUGGAGGCAAAGGCGCGGGCUGAGCGCGAACCUGCUGUGGCUGGUGGCCGGGUCCAGGAAAGCGGCGAGGCGGAGGAAGAGGAAGAGGGGAGCGAGAAGGGGGCGGAGCCUAGGAGCGCAGGGUGGCGCGCGCUCCGGCGGCUCUGGACCCAGGUGCUGGCGCCCGCGCGCCGCUGGCGGCGCCCGCUGCCCUGCAACGUGUUGUACUGUCCGGAGAUCAAGGACUUGGCCCACAUGACCCGCUGCGCGCUGUAACUGCGAAACCCUGAAGCUGUGGCAGAAGGAAGGUGGGAGCUGCAUUCUCAGGGCCCCGCUGUAGUACAGGGAGCGGGUGCCAAGACUACCCCCCUCACAUCCGGGAUUGGCACUGAUGAGGGAGGUGAGCCAAGGGCAGGAGGGAACGCCCUGGGAGGUGUUGAUACUGAGCUGGGGAGGCUCCUAGACGAAUCGCCCCCAUCUUCUGACUGUGCCAGCCUCGCACAUUCAGGAUGAAGUGGCCCAGGGAUGAUACAAACAGUCGAUGUACCCGUGGGAAGAAGACAGACUGUUUCCCUAGCUGCGACUUUGCUUCUGUCCAGGGCAGCUCUCCUGUGCGGGAGCAACAGGUCCCAUUUUAGCUAUUCUGUGUCAAUGAUUUUUAAGAAGAGGCUGAUUUUCGUGCAUGUUAAUCUCGUUUCUCUAGCACCUAAGAGAACUGAGAAGAAUCAACCAAACCCCUUCCCACCCCAUCCCCUACCCCCAGUAGUAUGCCUACUGUCUCCCCAUUCCCAGUACUGUGUUCCUAAAAUUAUCAAGAUGAAGCCCUACUAUGAGGUUAGGCGUUUUGCAUCAUUUCAGAAUUACCCUUCAGCCUGUAAGGGCAGGCAUGAGAAGGUCCAAAGGGCUUUUAUCUGAGUCACCUCAUUAGGGCCUACCAAAGAUAGGAGAGAGAGGCAUUUGGCAAAGGCAUCAGAUUGUAAACUCCCGCUGUUAUCUUUACAGUCACAAGAAACACUGUCACCACUGAAAAUAAGAUGCUCAUCAUACAGUUUUAAACUUGUGUCCCAUAAUUGGACGCCCACCUAUAUUAUGGCAUGAGUUCCAUUGAAACAUCCUGUUAAUAUCUUACGAUGGCAUAGUUAUAGUCAAGGACCAGCAGCAUCAGCAUCACUGGGAGUUUGUUGGAAGUACAAAAUCUCAGGAUUCCACUUCAGACUUACUAAUCAGACUCUGCCUUUUUUUUUUUUUUUUCCUCCUCGGUCUUUUUAGGGCCACACUCAUGGCAUAUGGAAGUUCCCAGGCUAGGGGUUGAAUUGGAGCUGUAGCCGCAGCCACAGCAACACAGGGUCUGAGCGGAAUCUGUAACCUACACCACAGCUUAUGGCAACGCUGGAUCCGUAACCCACUGGCGAGCCAGGGAUCAAACCUGUGUCCUCAUGGGUGCUAGUAAGAGUUGUUUCUGCUGAGCCAUGACGGGAACUCCCAGACUGCAUUUAACAAGAAUCCCAGGUGAUGCAAUAAAAUUGUAAGAAGCAUUGGUUCGGGUCCUUGAUUGUCUAUAGAGUGUCACCAUCUGUGGGGUAGAAUGUUUAAAACAAUUGGUAUAAAUGACUAUUUCAUUGAAGGUUAAAGUAACAUUCAGUUACUGAAAAAAAUUUAAGUGUCCAUAGUUUACAGUGUUGCAUUUUCCUCCCAAUUAAAAAUGUGAAUUUAAGAAUAAACCUCUAUUUUUGUAACUGUAUUUUUGCCUUUUUCCUGUCCUUAACUCUCAAAUAUUCCCUCUUCCGGGAGGCCUUUCUCAGUACUGAACCUCCCCCGACCCUCUGUAAAAUAAAGCCUCGUUUAAUUUUUUCAGUUUUUA